AUGGCAAACAAAUUUGAUAGGUUUACUUUGUUGCCUAACUCAUUGCUUCUCAUCAUCAUAUCCUUCCUUCACUUUAAGAAAGCUGUAAGAACAUCCAUCCUUUCAAAACAUUGGUUCCACCAAUGGGAAAAAGCAACAAACAUAGAGUUCAAUAAACUCUGCUUUGUUAAACUUAAUCAACCCCACCAAAAAAGAGAAAUUCGGAGAAGGGAUCUUCUGAGGUUCAUCACAUUUUGGCUUGAUAACAACAAAGAGCUUGUGGUGGAAAAGUUCUCUUUAAAGCUAUCAAUGCUAGAAAAUGCUCAUUAUAUCAUAGAAAGCUGGAACUCGAAUGAAUUUGAAAUUAUAGGUAAUGGUUUGAGGCUGAGAAGGCUUGUUGUUGACAAUUGCUUAUUUCAAUGUGUUGAUGAAACUCUAUUGGAUGUUGACUAUCAGAGAAUCUGGACGGCCAAUGUAACUGUUUAUGAAUGCUUGAUAUCAACUCUGAAGGUGGUGGAGGUAAAUGACUUCAGAGGGACCGUGAAUGGGCUUCUUGUGCUCUACUAUCUUAUCCGUUGUGGGAGGAUUUUGAAGAAGGUUAAUAUCAAUGUACCGAAUGGUGAGGUUGAAGAUAUGACAGUAGAAAUGUGGCGUUUACCAUGA